UCACCGUGAGAUGGAAGCUGACGGUGCUGUUGUUGGUGUCCCCGUGCACUUCUUGGUGAAAGAAGCACGCAGCUCUGCCUCCAAUUCAUCGGACGGGCGGCAGCCGUCAUCGGUCGCUGCGUCGGCGGCUGGCUGGUUGGCCUGCUGGCCAUCACUGUUGACCUCUUCCUGCUCCACUUGGGCACCUGCACGCAAUGAAGAACAGAAAGAUACACAUGCUGCGGGGGGGAGAGCAUUCGUGUGUGUUCUCACCACCAGCCCCUGCGGUCGGGGCUCCCUCCUCCUGCUUCACCCGCACCUCUGCCUUGAUCAUGCUAGCAGCAGUCUGCCUUGACCUGGCCCUGCGGUCGCGCACUCGGGACGCACGUCGCCAGGGAUAGGAGGGAUGAGGGUGGAGGUGAAAGCAGAGUUUCGGAUGCAGAUCUCCG